AUGACCAUUACUGGCCCAAUAAUCCUAUAAAUAAUUUGCUCAAUGUGGCCCAAUAAAAAGCCCAUAAAUAAUUAGCAAAACGAAAAAAACGAGUUGUUUAGUUUGGUUUGUGUUUCAAGGAAGAACCCUGAAUGGCGGGCGAUGUGGAAUCUAGGAUUCUCUGUUGCUAAAAGUCUGUUUGGCCAAUUCUCCUCGACCAUGAAACGUGUAUGGGUGCAAGAGAUCAGCCAGAAGAAAAUCAGUGUAUCUGUAGGCCUGUGCUGCUCAGUUAUUGCCGGUUUUUGUACCGGUGCGGAGGCGGAGUUAGUAUAUCUGAGGAAACAACUUGUUAAAGUAGAAUGGGAACGUAACAUGCUGACUGAACAGCUUGAAGAUAUACAAAAGGCUGGUGAUGCUAAAAAAGUUGAGGCGAAGAAGCUUGCUAGGUUGGCUAGAGAAGAAGCUUUGUGAAUCUGAAAUCUUCUAUCCUCGUAUUGUACUAUGUAUUUUGACACAGUUGCCAACAAUAACUUUGUCUCAUCAUAUUAAAUUGAGAGUCGUUUGGUUAUAGAAAUUGCUAUGGUCACCCAAGAUCUAC